UUCUCCGAUUGAAUUGGAGCUGCAUUCAAGCUCCAGAACCCGAGCGCGUCUUUGGUUUCCGUUGACUUUUCCGCUCUCGCUCUCUCUCUCCAUGAGCAAGGCCAAUAUUUACGCAAGUGUUUUGCUUUUUCCACCGCCCGUCAGUUUUCCUCCGUUUGUUUAUCUCUCUGGCUGAGGGGAGUAUGUUUGGAUCUUAACUCAAGCGCGAGUGUGUGUGCAUCUGGUUGCCGGCGUAGGCUAAAGUUCGAGCUUAUGGCUUCAAGACUAGUUGCGAUUGCAAUUGAAAGCGACACAUAUUUGCGGUAUUGCUAAUUCGCUGAACAGGUCCUACUUCGGCCGACCCAUCACCCCGUCGCAGCGGCCGCCCCAAAAGUUCGCGAGUGGAGACUCUCGCUGCUGCGAAAAUGCUGCCAAAUGCCACUUGCGCAGGUCUCUUGUGAGAGGCACGGAGAACCCGAGAGAGUGGGGGAGAGAGAGCGUUUCGGCCGCGUUUGGAGUCAGCCGACUGGCGCCGCGAAUGCGAGCGCUCAGAUUGUUUGAGUUGCUCGGGCGGUUCGGUUCUCCAGCGGAUAACAACGGGCACAUGGUGCGGAUGAGUGAUUUCUCGUGUGUGAUUGUGAGUGAAUUGUUGCGCAUGCGCCGCGUCGGUCGCGUCGAUUUCGUUGAUUUCGCUGAUUUUGUUGAUUUCGAGAUGCUGCCACUGCCGAUGAUUUAAUGCUAAAGUUAAUGUGCGGCUGAAAAGUUCAAGCAAGCCCAAUAAAAAAAAAGGCCACAAAGUCCGACACAAAAAGUGUGCAAAAAUAAAAUGUAGUCGACAGAUAAGAAAAAAAAAAGAAAUAAUUCACAAAAAAACCACAACAACAACAACAGCAAACAGUUCAAUGCGAAUACGGGUUUUGUUCUUAUCGCGUUCUUCCCGUCUUUACUCUUUUUUUUGGUUUUCGUUGACCAGUGUUGGCUUUUGACCAUUAAAAGUGACGCUCUCGCUAUGUAAUGAACCUUUGAGAAGCCUCACCGCACACCCCAACACACAGACACACACACCACUACACUUAUACACUCGCAAGACGAGGAGGUGGAAGAACACCAGCAGAUCCUUAAGCCUCGAAUCUUUUCUUGGGACUUUGCGUUAUUUUUAGACGAUAAAAAAAAAUCUGGCAAAGCCCAGGCACAGGAACAACGACCGAAAGGCACACCAACAGCAACAACACCAGCAAAAUAAAAACGAAGACUGCCACGAAAUGGGCACCAAGUCACCCGGUGGUCCACAGCGCUGCCGUCUGAUCUUGCAGCGCUGCCUCGCGAUUCAGCUGACCAAGCCCGGCCACACGCCCGAGGACUUUUGGAUGUACGACUCGGGAUAUAUGAUAUUUCAGAACUUCCUGGCUGCCAAUGCACAAUGCUGGUGGAACGGACCUCUGACAGCCGCCACUCGUGCCCUCAAAUAUGCUGGACAUGUUGCUCCUGGAAUGCUACUGGUUACGGCAGAGCCCUGCGCCCUGGAAGUCCUACGAGGCGCCUUCGCCCGGAGUGUCCUGAAACCGCCGGCCACCUAUGUGAUCAGCUCAGUGGGAGACAUUGACGAUUGCAUUGUGACGCCGACGGUUCAGGGGCAGUUCACCCCGCUGCCGGAGGCACUGUGCGACGUGAUCAUGGACCUCACCGCCGAGGGUCAGUCGGCCACCAUCGAGCAUGUGCGCGGCAAGCUGGGCACCCGGUUCCCGCACAUGACCACCCCGGCGACGGAGGUCAUCUACGACACCCUCGCCCAGCUGAUGCAGGAGCAGAAGAUCUACCAGACCUCAAAGGGAUACUUUAUCUUUACGCCAGAACGACGACGCAGUCGAUCCCGACCACGAAGCAAUCACCAUCAGCUGAACGGAAGCCUGGCCAGCUAUGGUCAACUCACGGAGGAGGAGCACCAGCAAGGCAACGAUGUGGUGCCACUGGAGGCACGCACCAUGCUCAUGUCCAAUGCGGAGGCACUGCACUCGCUGUACGGCGAGAUAUCAACGGAGCGGGACGGCGACCUCACCCAUCAGUGCAUCCAAACGAAUCUGGCGGAUGUGAUCUGCGGAGGCAAUCCCAAUGACAAGAUCAUCUAUCCAAGGGCGGCCAAGCGACGUAGUGCAUCAUUUCCGACGCCCCGCAGCUUGGAGAGGCGGCACAGUUUGAGGCUCUUUGGCUCGUCGAAGCGCCUGCAACGCUGCGCCUCCACCAGAAGUCUGUCCAAGACCUAUGCCCAGACGCUCAACACCACGGACAGCAGCAGUUCGGAAUACCAAAGCACAGAUUCGUCAUCCCCCAAAAAAGGAUCUUUGCUCUCACGCCUGUUCCGACGCAGCGGUCGAGCCAAGCAGCGACAGAUAGAGACCUACUCUGCCCAGUUCCCGCCGGCCGAGUGGUUUAACACCAGAGCCGUACACCUCCACAGCGUGGGCACCCAGACGGCAGAACACGACCUGCCCGUGGCCCACACCCUCUCCAAUUCGACGUUCUACGAUGGCUCGGAGCUGAGCCAGCGCUCUUCCACGCUGCCCCGCCGCCACCGCCGGCACAUGUCCAGCGAGUCCACCUUCCUGAUUUCCUCCCGGGACUGCUCGCCCAUUCGCCGCCGCUCGCCGGUCUACUGCAGCAGCUCGCUACCUCGCUCCACGCAGUCGAUACCGGCCACCACGGCCAAGACGAACCACUCCUCGCGCCUGGGACACGGCCAUGGCUCGGUGACGCCAACGCCCCCGAAGACGGCACAGAAAUCGGUGAUCGGAAAGCACAUCUUCGAGAGCUCACCGUCGCGAUCGGGCACGCUGAAGGCGACGGCCGCCAAGCGCCAGACGGACGGACUGAUCAUCAACAGCUGCCUGGACAACAAGGCCACCUACAGGAGCCUGCAGAGCAGCGGGCCCUCCAGCCUGGAGUCCUGCAAGACCUCGAUGCUCGCCAGCGGGCCCUCGAGCAUCGACAGCGGCAAGGUGUCCUUCAGCCAGAAGACGAGUGGCCACUCUAGUCUGGACUCGCAGUGCUCCACGAACACGGCGGUGGUGGCGCCGCCCAGCAGCAAUGGUGGGAGUUCCCGCUCCAUACUCUUGCUGAACGGUUCCCCCCGCGGGACGCCGCGCCACCAGGCCAUGCGGGCACGAGUGGCGGAGGCCCAAGCUCAGGCCCAACGGCAAAGAGCCAGCACGCCCAGUCGCAUCCUGGAGGAGAUGAGCUACUCCCCGGGCCACAGCAACCAAGGCGGAGUGUCCACCUCCAAUAGCAACAACUCGAUCACCCUGCAGGUGACCACCUCGAACGGCAACCAGAGCAUCCCCAGCACCAAGAUUUUCGUGCAGAACUCCCCAGUGCGCAGUGUGAUCACCCUGGAGAAUGGCAAGAUGCUGGAGAACUCCAACGUCUUCAUCAUCAACAACGAGACCAUGACCAAUGAGAAGGGCGAGAUCAUCAAGAAGACGCUCUCGAAGCAAACCUCCUCCCCAGCGGCAUCAGCAGCUCCGGCCGCCACGUCCACGCCAGUAAAGCCAGAGACCGUGUCGGAGCAGCCGUUGAGCGAAACGGAGGCCAACUCGGAGACCUGCGACUCCAUCUCCUUCAUCUCGGAGUGCUCGCCGGAGAACACCUGCCCUGUGGAAACGGCCCCCGAGACUCCCAGCUACGAUGGCGGCAAGUACGCCAAGAACACCAAUAACGAUGCGACGAUGAACAACAGCCGGAAGCUGUGCCUCCAGCUGGCCAAUGGCAUUGCCUACAAGAACAAUGUCCUGAAGAACGAGUCGCAGCCCAACUCCCCCAGCGCCGAGCAGCCCCUGAAGCUGGCGGCUCUGGCCAAGCAGGACUUUGAGAUCGCCGGCUCGGUGGGCAACCUGCACUUCUACGAGAAGAACUCCAAGGAUCUGACCGAGAAGCUGAUGAACAGCAGCUCCGACCUGAAGAACCUCUGCUACGAGUCGGUCUGCCAGCUGCAGAAGUGCUCCAUGAACGGGGACGAGCUGGCAUUGGCGCAUCUGCUGCACAAAUCUAGCAACCCCCUGGGCAGUGAACCCAAUCUGGCCCUCAAGGACCUGGCCAACGACAAGUCCAUCGACAAGGAGGCCAUCGACCGGAGGCUGAGCCUCACCAAGGAGUCCCUGGAGCAGGGCAUGGGCAAUGUCCUUUCCGGUGGCAACGAGGAGCUCUACAACUUUCCCAGUCUGACGGACUUGUCCUUCAACUUUACAUCACUGGCGGCCCGGAAGAUCCUGCAGGGCGUGAGCCUCAAUAGCAUCGAUACCCUGGUGGAGCUGAACAUGGCAGCGGCGGCGGCAGCGGCAGCGGUGGCGAACAGCGCCCAGGAGAAGCAGCAGAACAACCAGCCGGCGACAGCAGCACCCACAGCCUCCGUGUGCACCGACUUUGGAAUGGUUUAGACUUUAGACUCUAAAGGCCUCAUCUCCGUCCGACAGAGACCCGGACUGUGGAUCCCGGAGAGAGCCUGUUAGUUUAAUCAAAAAAACGAAAUCAAAAACGAGGAAUGGAAUGAAAUCUUUCCUUAUACCAUGUCUAGAUAGGAGACAUCCAGAUAUCUUUGCAUUUGAGAAGCAAUCUUGUGUAAUUUAUUACGAUUUAAUUUCCCCCGAAUUCGAUAGCAACAAUUUGUAUGUAUUUGUUUUUAGGGUUUCCAUCCGAAAAAGCAUCUUUUGUUUACAGUGCCAAAAUACGUUUAGUUUAAUUUUAAUUCUUACUAUUUCAUGUACUACUUAUAUAGUGUAGUAUAUGGUAUGCCAGUUCGUAUUUUGAGUCGCCAAGCGACUGUCUGGUUUAAGCAAUCUGAUUUUAUGUAAAGAUCCUUAUUUUUGUGUACAUUAUUCAAAAUAAUUGUUUAUACUAACACAACACAACACACAUACGCCCAAAAUGCAAUCCUAUCUAUACGAAGGCGAUUCGCAGCAGAUCAUAAUGAUAUACAGUACUACGAGCAUAGAGUUUAGCACAUAAAUACCAGAAAUACAAUAAUUUUUGUACAAGGCCUUAAUUAGUAAAGUCAGCAAUAAUACAAAAUAAGUUCAAUCACUAAUAAAACGAUAAAAAAACGAUAAA